GUACUAUGUCAACAACAUUACACAGAUCACCUCGUGGGUGCCGCCGGUGUCUUUGCCACGCUCACCGGGCACUCCAGAUCGCACUAGCGUUGGCCCAAGCAAUGAUGCAUCUCCACACAUGAGACAGCAACCACCAGAGACCCCCACCACAACGCCCACCGGACUGCCGACGGGAUGGGAUGCGCAGUGGAGCAAGGACGAGAUGCGAUGGUGA